AGAGGAGUUGUAAUGUUUCUGGUCUUUCAUCUUGCAAAAAUUCUGGGGUAUUUAUAUGAUUUUGAGCACGGCGACGCAGUCGCUGGUAGUGAAUCUCGAAGUGGAGUAGCCUCGCCGACUGACACGGCGAGAGUCGCGGCUGCGAACCCGCUAUGA